UCUAUCUCUUAAAUACCUGUCAAACGGAAAACAAACAAGCACAUGCACCAUCACUGACCGUAGCCUAGAGAUUUUCAAAAAAGCAAGGACAACAAGAAAUGGAGAGGAAUGCAGCCGUGAGCAAGCCACACACUUCCACCGCCGAUCUGCUGACGUGGAAGGAGGCUCCUCCCUCUGCCUCUCCUGCCUCCGCCUACUCCCACCGCCCUCACCAGCCGUCUGAUAAAAUCAGUAAAGUGCUGUUUGGAGGUCAGGUCUCUCAAGAAGAAGCAGAGAGUCUCAUGAAGAAAAAGCCUUGUUCGGGGUAUAAAUUAAAGGAGAUGACUGGCAGUGGCAUAUUUAAUGGUCGAGAUGGUACAUCUGAAUCUGGUGAUGCUAAUCCUAAUAACAAAACUACAGUGCGUGUUUAUCAGCAAGCAGUGACUGGAAUAAGCCAAAUAUCGUUUAGUUCUGAGGAGAGCAUCUCCCCUAAGAAGCCUACCUCUGUCCCAGAAGUGGCAAAGCAGCGCGAGUUAAGUGGGACGUUGCAAAAUGAUUUUGACAUGAAGAGCAACAAGCUAAUAUCAAAUGCUAAAUUCAAGGAGAUCAGUGGUCAUGACAUUUUUGCCCCCCCUUCUGAAAUUCCUCCCCGUUCACUGGCUGCUGCACGCUCCAUGGAAACAAAAGAAAACAAAGACAUCGGGGAACCUGCACCUCGAAACAUUCGCACAUCUGUCAGGGUUUCAAAUCCUGCUGGAGGCCAGAGCAAUAUCCUAUUUGGUGAAGAACCAGUCAUGAAGACAGCAAGGAAAAUACACAACCAGAAGUUUAAUGAGCUGACAGGCAAUGGUAUUUUCAAGGGAGAUGUUCCUCCUGGAUCUGCUGAAAAACCUCUAAGCACGGCAAAACUGAGAGAAAUGAGCGGCAGUGGUAUAUUUUCUGAUGGAAAGGCAGCAUCCAGAGAUUAUCUUGGUGGUGUUCGCCAGCCCCCUGGUGGUCAGAGCAGCAUUGCAUUAGUAUAAUCUAGCUGCAAUCUAGCUGCAUGACGAGAGGAAUGUUGAUCCAUAUGUUAUCCCUAUGUGAGUGCUUUGUUCUGACUGGUGAAAUGCCCUUUUGGGGUAUCGAAUCAGUAUAAUACCUUUUAACGUUUAGAUUAAAGAGCUGGUUGGAUGGCUGAUUGAAUGCUUUCAA